UGAAACCUUUCUCUUCGUUCUCCAUCAAGAUCUACCAGUGAUUUUCUCUAUCUAGAUAUCUUUCUCUCUCUAGCAUUUUUUUUUUUACAUUUGUUUUUGAUCUUCGCUCCAUUUCAGGAUCUGCAUUGCCGUACUUGAGACUUGAGAGUUGUGUUUUCGUUUGAAUUUGACGAUGGUGUGUUUACAAUUGAGGAAUGGAGUUGACGCAGGGUUUUGUCGGUGGAAAUUAGUUCAACUACGGAUAAACCCUAGCCUGGAGUUCAGUGUAGCAUUGUUUAUUCAAGUAUUGGCGUUCUGAUAAUGGUGUUUGUGAAUUCGCUAUCAAAAUGCUGGCUAUUUUGAUGCUGUUGUUUAUUUCCCAUCUUGUUGCUCUCAAUUCUACAGCUGUUACUUACGGUCCUGUUGCUGGUCCUACUGAUAGUGGCUUGCCGCGACAUCACCACCACCAUCAUCGUCGUCAUCCUCAUAGGAUGAGAGCUCGUGCUGCCUCCCCAUCUCCAUCCUCUGAACCAGGCUGUGGUCAAACCUGUUUGGAACCACUCACUCUAACUCCUAUCGGUUCACCUUGUGGUUGUGUUUUUCCAAUGAAAGUUCGACUUCUUUUACAAGUAUCCGUGUUUGCUGUUUUCCCUGUUGUGAAUGAGCUAGAGAUUGAGAUUGCAUCAGGCACGUAUCUAACACAAAGUCAAGUGGUUAUAACGGGUGCCAGUGCUGAUGAUCAAAAUCAGGAAAGAACAGCCGUUGAUAUAAACUUGGUACCGUUGGGUGAGAGAUUUGAUAACGUGACUGCUGCACUCACUUAUGAGAGAUUUUGGCGGAAGAAACUCUCUUUGAAUAGAACCCUUUUUGGAGAUUAUGAAGUGGUAUAUAUUAUAUAUCCAGGCCUUCCUUCUUCACAACUAUAUGGAAAUCACUCUGGGAGUGAACCAAGUGGAAGUCCUGGGACACAGGAAUUCCCUAUACGUGCACAUUUCGUUGGCAAAAAUCAGAAGCUGGACCAUAAAACCAUUUUUGUAAUUGCUUUGUCAGCAGCAGUACUCUUGAUUGUUUGCUGUGCUGCAGUUUCUGUUAUCAUGAAGUACAGAAAGAUCUGUAGUUCAUCAAAUCCCGCUGGCCCUGUUUUUACGUCGUCAACUAACAAGAAAUGGGGACUAGGAGCAAUGUUAUCAAGUGAUCCAACAAGUUCCUUGUCGGUAUCUAUAUUUUCCACCAUGCCUACUUCUUUUCUUUCCAUCAAGACCUUCACCCUAGCUGAGCUGGACAAAGCAACCGAGAAAUUCAGCUCAAGAAGAGUCUUGGGUGAAGGAGGUUUUGGGUGCGUAUAUCAUGGGAUCAUGGAAGAUGGAGCGGAAGUUGCUGUGAAAUUGCUUAAUAGAGAUAGCAACCAUAAUGGUGACCGUGAGUUCAUUGCAGAAGUCGAAAUGUUAAGCCGGUUGCAUCACCGUAACCUUGUGAAACUGAUUGGCAUAUGUAUUGAAGGGCACACACGCUGCUUAGUCUAUGAGCUUGUUCCAAAUGGCAGCGUUGAAUCUCAUUUGCACGGUGCGGAUAAGCAAAAAGGACCUCUUGACUGGGAUGCACGGUUAAAGAUUGCUCUUGGUGCGGCAAGAGGGUUGGCUUAUCUUCAUGAAGAUUCUAACCCUCGUGUGAUUCACCGUGAUUUUAAGGCCAGCAAUGUUUUGCUAGAAGACGACUUUACCCCCAAGGUAUCAGACUUUGGGUUGGCAAGGGAGGCUACAGAAGGCAGUCGGCAUAUUUCUACGCGAGUCAUGGGAACUUUCGGUUAUGUCGCUCCCGAGUACGCCAUGACAGGCCAUCUACUAGUCAAAAGCGAUGUCUAUAGUUACGGGGUUGUGCUGCUAGAGCUUCUAUCCGGUCGAAAACCGGUGGACAUGUCUCAACCUCCCGGUGAAGAAAACCUCGUGACRUGGGCYCGCCCACUUYUCAYRASCMSMRAAGGYCUGCASCASUURGYSGAYCCMACKUURKYCGGRAYGUACGACUUYGAUGACAUGGCWAARGUGGCUGCRAUMGCUUCCAUGUGUGUGCAYCCWGAGGURRCYCAAMGACCUUUCAUGGGUGAAGUGGUCCAAGCCUUAAAACUCAUAUACAACGACAAAGACGAUACUACAACUCAACGAGACUCGUCCGCCGUGGAAUCGGACUUUAAAGGAGAUCACGAUCGUGCACCUUCCGAUAGCAGCUGGUGGAACGGCGUCGGAGGUGCCGCACAUUCCAUUUACGGUUCAAGUUUCGAUGCAACGGUGGGGGGGUCGAUGAACGUGGGGUUAAGCAAUAGGUCGGGCCCACUUAGAACGGUUCGGAGUAAACCGGAAUUUUAUAGAUUAAAAGGGAGUAUGAGUGAACAUGAUAGAGAUAGACUUCAAUGGAAGCCUUUUUGGAGUGAAGGUUCUUUGUAGUACCAGUAGUUGUUUCAUUCAGAAAUGUACAAAUGUUCGCAACUCUGCUUUUUGUUUUUUUAGAGAGGUUCCCUCAUGGGGAAGAAAGGGACCAAAAUGAAAAUGUGGAGUUUUGGGGAGUAAAUUAUAUUUUAGGUCCCUGAACCAUAUAUCUAUUGACAUAUUUUGGUUUUAGGCAAA